UGCGAGCUCCACUUGCGGGAGCUCCAAGGCGGCGGACAUGGCCGAGCUUGUGAGCGAGAGGCUCCAGGCGUGUGCUGCGGUGAGGACGCCGAGGAUCCCCGGCGGCUACUCCUCUGGAAGCAGGCCGCGCGACAAAGUCGUGGAGAGAGAGGAGGUGGUGGACACCUUCUGCAAGAGAGGACUCCUGAUGAAAGUUCCCGACUAUCUCACCAAGCUCACCGGGGCUUCUAGAGAAGGAGUUCGAGCAGUUCCUCACUUGAGACCUCCGGACUAUGGCGCCGGGAGAAAGUCGAACGUUCCUCAUGCUAUACGGAAGACCAAGUCCGGGACUGUGGCCUCGGCGACUGUUCCAAUCAGUGCAAAGCAGUGGCUGCUCCAAGCGAUUGGUCUCAAAGACACGGAAAUCCGCGAGAUGUUCAUCCAGCAGCUUCACACAGCACUCGUCUGACGCAGAUGGAAUCCAUCCCUCAACUUGCAGGCGAGCACGUCCGCGAGAUAAGAGCCGAGUGGGAAGCCAUGGAAGCCAGGGUGAACAGGGUUCCGCCGGAGGCUGGUUUCUUAGUCAAGGACCGGCUUCUACUCGAGAAAGUCAGGGAGCUCAUAAUCCGUUUUGUCGAGUGCACUAAUCCAGUCGUCUCUCCAAUCCCUGGUGACCAAGGUACCGAGCUCUCUAAGAAUGUUGACGAGGUCGAAGGAAGCAAGCACGAAGAUAUUAGCGCCAAGGACGCUGAGCCUGCUGCUCCUGCUGCUGCUCAUCUCACUGAAGUCGACAACGAGCCUGUAGCUGUUGAAAAACAGGCAAAGGACAACCCUCCACAGGAUCAGCAGCAGUCCCUGGAACCACACAAGAGCGCUGCUCCACCUCCUUCUUCUCUUCCUUCUUACAUUCCCGUCGAGGACUAUGUUGUGAACAAGUAUGUCGUCCAGCCAGAACUUCUGGGAAGACCCGACUGCAAGUUCACCUACAGUCCAUUCGAUAAGAGAUGGUAUACGGUUGUCUUUCCUGCUCUUCAGCCAGGUAAAAGAGAGGACGUGCAACUGCUCGGAGAUUGGCUGCAGCAUGCAAUGCAAAAGAACCAUUGUGAGAAAGUGGAUGGACGUUUUGAGAACGUGGAAGCCGCGUUUGUUCUUCAUUCUAUUGCCUUCCUAGAAAUCGUUCGUCAGGUGGAUAUCCAUUGCGAAGAGCGUGGAAACCUCCUUCUCCAUCUUUGGAGGCAAUUGCUACGUAUUUUCAAUCAGGUUCUUGUGCGAGCGGAACCAAAGCUCAAUGCUACAGAAGAUGAAAUGAAGCGGCUACGAGAUGAUCUAGAAGGGGCGAAAGAUCACCUGUCACGGAUGCUUUCCGAUCAUGACUUUUACAGGGACCAGUAUGACGUUAUACGGGCCAAACUCAAAGACAAGGAUAUUGAGAUGAGGAAGAUCAAGAGGUGUCGGCUGUGUCGCACGGAGAACAUGUCACCCAGAUCUCGGAACGAGUAUCUCGUCAACCUGAAAAAGCGGUCGAUAUCGUUCAGAUACACGCACGAACCCACGGAAGAGGAACUGAAGCAGCAGGAGGAGGAACUUAAAAAGCAACUCGAGCUGAAGAGACAGGAGGAGGAGCGCAAGAAACUUGAGGCCGGAGGAGCUACUGCCGAAGGUGCACAAGCCGAGGGAGCAGAAGCUGGCAAGAAAGCAGGAGCCGAUGAAUCUACUGAACAGCUGACAGAAGAAGAGCUCCAGCAACUUGAGGAAGGUGAAAAGCAGCAGACAGCGGCGCCUGUUUCAGAGACAAAUCGACGAGACGAUUACACACAGACCGAUCCCAGCAAGGGACUGAGAAGAUGCCAAAGCGCGCCGCCAAGUAUAUUUCCACCAAAGAAGAUAGUCGAGGCCAAAGAAAAAGGUGGCGAGGAGGUGGAAAAAGAGGUCAAGGCAGAGGCAGAGGGAGCUGGAGCAGAAGCAGAAGCAGGAGGAGCAGCUCCACAAGCUGAGCUGAGUGCUGACGACUUGAAAGCUCUAGCUGGGGGAUGGGUUGAUCCCGAAGCUGCUGGCAAGGACAAAGCCGAAGGCCCCCCAAUCGUCGAACGCUUGAAAGAGUUCGAGACACUUGCGGUGGACACUAUAGGCUUGCUCGACAGGCUCCCGAUGGAGGGUGCAUUGGCAGAGAAGAUUGAGGUCCUUCUCAAGAAGUAUUGCGAGAUGACUGGAACAGUUUUGGGCGACAAGUUCAGGGAGAAGUUUAUGCAGCGGCACAAGAGCUUGAUGCAAGGGAAGCGGGGUUCUGUUGCCGUAGAGAGCGCAAAAGUUUCUUUCAUAGAGGGCGGACCAAGCAGCGGCAGGCCCAGUGAGAUGAGGAAGAGCAGGAAAUCCAAAGGAAGCAAAUUUGGUUCCCAGCUCAAGUCUUACGUGCCUCUCGGGUUUGCAAAGAUGAUGAAGAUUUACAACCCGCCCAAGACUGUAAAAUUUUUCAACGUUCGGCAGCUAACAAAGCUAAUUGCGUCGGUGUACGUGAGCAAAAUUGUCGCAGAUUCUGUCGAUGACUCGUGCAAUAAUGAGCGGCAAACUUGUUGCGAGUUUGUCUAUGAUUUCAUGCUUAAUCAGUAUGGACUCAAAGGUCUCAGCGAGUCAGCGAUCUUUGGUGUUUUUAAGACGGUCAAGACACUCAUCACCAACAAGGAGAUUGAGAAGCAUCAUAAAAUCAGAGUCUUCAGCCGGUUUGUCGGCAUGGACGAAACCAACAACUACAGCGAGCCCGAUCUCUAUCUCUACCUUAAAAUCCUUCAGCGAGCUUCAAGCAAAACAGGAGUGCUGCUUCCAUCUGACCAAGACGACGGUCUUAUAUUCUUGAAUGCAUCCCAGUACGCUUUCAUUGCCGACGAGCCCAAUCUCGUUGCCUACUUUGGAAGCCAGGGAGCAGCAUUGUCGUUCGUGGAGAAGUACGUUGCAAAGAAUGCAGUGACUGAAAAGGCGUCACCAGAGAUCAGGAAGCUUGUGAAGGAAAGUGAAGUACGAAAAGUUGAUUGGGACCUGCUUGUGGAGGCGAUACUAGCGGUCUAUCCACAUAAGAUGGACACCAUACAAGACGAACGGAGAAAGAGCAUUCAAGUCAGCAAGCCAGUUCCCAAGGAUAAGGCAACCGAGCUGGAGAAUCUGUUCAUUGCCGGAGACGCAAAUCAAGAUGGAGUUUUGACGUUCAGCGAGUUCCGAGAGAUUGUCACUACCGCAGAUUCAUCGAUCUCGCAGCAAAGUGCAAUCAGGAUGUUCAGGGAGACACUGCUGAUGAUGCCGGAUGGAGGAGACAGCAUCAGUCCACAGGCCUUUGCUCAAAUAGCCUAUAACCACGGCAUUGAAGCACCUGCCAGCACUGUAUUCGACCUUCUCAAGAAGACCUGGUCACAGGUCCAAGAUGAUAUCGACCCAGAAAAAGUGAACGCAAGCAAAGACGAGUAUGAUUUCUCAAAGGAGGUGCUGCAAGACUUAAUGCAGCAGAAGGUGGACGUCAACUCCGCGGUGCAGACGUUCAGGCAGUUUGUGCUUCGCUUCUGUGGACAAGACGAGGAAGAGCAGCCAGCGUCACAGCAGAUGCAAGAAGGUGACGAGGAGGCCCUUCUUCAGGAGGAAGGUGACACACUGGGAGAACCAAAGUCAGUACCAGACGUUCAAGAUGAUGUGGAGGACAGUGGCGGUCUGGAACCCAUUGUGGAGUGAUUCUCCGCCAUA